AUGUCAACUCCGAAGUUCAACUCCAAAUCGCCCACCAUCCGUCGUAUCCUCCGCGAAGCCCAAGAAAUAUCCGCUUCGCCCUCAUCCGAUUACACAGCCACCCCGCUCGAAUCCGACCUGUUCGAGUGGCACUUUACCCUUCGCGGGCCCCCUAAUUCGGUCUACGCCGACGGCAUCUACCACGGCCGCAUCGUUCUCCCACAAGCCUACCCGCUACGACCUCCAUCCUUCCGCUUCGUCACACCUUCCGGGCGUUUCGAAGCCAACCGCGAGAUUUGUCUUUCCAUCAGUGGCCACCACGAAGAGACAUGGCAGCCCGCCUGGGGAGUACGCACUGCGCUGGUCGCAUUACGUUCCUUCAUGGAGACAGACCCCAAGGGACAGCUGGGCGGUCUGGACGCGACCGACGAUGUCCGCAGGCGCAUGGCGACUGAGUCGAGGGCGUGGAAAUGUCAGGCCUGCGGAAAGACGAACGAGGAGAUCAUUCGGGAGUGCGAAGAAGCGGCCAAGGAACAUGAAGGGGAAGGGCAGACCGAGGUGGAGGUGCCGAGUGAUCUGAAGAUGGGUUGGCGGGACGAGAUGGACAAGAACAGCAGCAAUGCGGCGGCAUCAGGGUCUAGGGCGCAACAAGAUGAGGAGGAUGCUGAAAGUGCAGAGCUGGCCGGGGGAUUUGUACAGACGGUGCCUUUGCCGCCGGCGCCUCAGCCCGAGACGGCAAUGACUUCAUCUUCUUCCUCGAUCCCAGCGCAACCCGGGCAGGGUGUGCCACAGCCGACGAGGACGAUCCCUCUGCCCGCACAGUUCAAUCCUCGCCCUCAGCUUAUGAUGCAGCACCGUCAACCACCGCAGGUCAGGGUUAGUAACGACGAGGUGACGUUCUGGAUCGACCGACUGAUUGUGGUUCUAUCCAUCGCCCUCGCUGCCAUGAUCCUCAAAGUCUUCCUGGCAUAG